AAGAGCCAGAAAAAACCCUGAGAAUUACCGCUCUAGGGUUUCUCUCUCAACAUCUCUCUAGAUUCUUUCCCCCAAUUCGCUAAUAGUAAUAUACACAAAGAUACACAUAUACGUACACAUAGACACAAAUUGUUGUACCUAGGUUUUGCCUCCAUGGAAGAAUUUCAGGGCGGAGAUUCAACUCCGCAGCCAAUCGAUUCGAAUUCAUUGUUUGAUGCAUCUCAGUAUGCCUUUUUCGGAAAUGAUGCCGUGGAGGAAGUUGAGCUGGGAGGAUUAGAAGACGAAGAGGAAGAUGAAAUUGAGUAUGUUCCCGCGGGUGGAGUUGUUGAUGAUGUUGAGCAGUUGGAUAGAGACGAGUUGAACAAGGCAGUCAGCAUUUCAGGAAGUGCGGACGGUACUAACGAUUGGGGAUCCAGAGGAAGUUCAUUUGCUCAGGAGUGGUUAUUACCGGAGUUGGAAUCUCCUAACUUGUACAAUCAGCAUCCUGGGGAAUCAUAUCUUUUGCACAGAACAUCUUCGUAUCCUGAGCAGCAGCAGCAACAUAUUUUCCAGCACCAGCACUUCUCCAGUGAACCAAAUUUUGGUCCAAAAUCAUCUUUUACUUCUCAUCCACCCCCUGGAGGCAGAUCUUUGCAACCUUUAUCCAACCAGCUACACAAUUCCAACAUUCAUCAUCUACCAGGUGGGAACCAACUGCAACUUAAUGCACCCAGUCAUCUUCCCUUCUCCAGUUCCCAGCUACAAUUUACUGGAUCUCCUCAUGGUUCUCCAUUCGGUGAACAUCUGUCUCAGUUAGCUCUUCGUGCUCAUCCCGUUGACAGUCAACUGCAAAACCAAUAUAUCAACCGCACAGGGUCAUAUCCUGGAGAUAAUUCCCUCCUCACAAACAAAAGCUUGCAUCAACAGUUACCUAAUCUAAAUGGUUUAAUGCCUCCUCAGUUAAUGCAACAACAUAGAAUGCACCGUCAGUUUCAGCCUUCAUUUGGCCAUGUAUCAGGAUUGCAGCGGCAGCCAAAUAAUCGGCAUCUUCCUCCUGCUCAUCAUAUGAUGAAUAAUUUUGAAAUGCUUGGAUCUACUGAUUUGAGAGAUCAAAAACCCAAGUUGUUCCUAAAAGGAAGGCAAGGUAUCCCUUAUUCAAACCAUGGUUUUGAUGCAAGCAACCAAUGGAAUGAUAGUGGAUGGCCAAGGUUUAGAGCCAAAUAUAUGAGUGCUGAUGAAAUCGAGAACAUUCUGAGAGCGCAGCUAGCUGCUACUCAUAUUAACGAUCCAUAUGUUGAUGACUACUACCACCAAGCUUGCCUAGCAAAGAAAAGUACUGGUGCUAAAUUGAGGCGCCAUUUUUGCCCUGCCAACCUCAAGGAUCAUCCUUCCCGUGCUCGAGUUGAUAAUGAGCCUCAUCCCUUUCUCAAGGUUGAUGCUCUUGGGCGGGUUUGCUUCUCUUCUAUUCGAAGACCUCGCCCACUUCUUGAAGUUGACCCACCAAAUUCAUCAGGGACCGACAGUACUGAUCAAAAAGGAAUGGAGAAGCUAGGGGAGAAGCCCUUGGAACAGGAGCCAAUGCUUGCAGCCAGAGUAACAAUUGAAGAUGGCCUUUCUCUUCUCCUUGAUGUUGAUGAUAUUGACAGGUACCUACAGUUCAAUCAUCUCCCAGAUGUUGUGGUGCAGCUAAGGGGACGUCGGCAGGUCUUGCUUGAGGAUCUUCAAUCAUCACUUCAACUUGUUGACCCGCUUGGUGAAAAUGGGAACACUGUAAAUUUGUCUCCCGAAGAUGACCUUGUUUUCCUUCGAUUAGUCUCUCUUCCGAAGGGCCGAAAGCUCCUAUGCAGGUACCUUCAGCUCCUCUUUUCUAGCGCUGAACUCAUUCGGGUAGUAUGUAUGGCCAUAUUUCGUCAUUUGAGAUUUUUGUUUGGGACCCCGUCCGCUGACCCCAAGACUGCUGAAACAACUACCAAUCUUGUGAAAAUUGUUUCAUCCUGUGUUCGUGGAAUGGACCUUCGAGCACUCGGGGCUUGUCUUGCUUCAGUUGUUUGUUCUGCCGAGCAUCCACCUCUCAGACCCCUUGGGAGCUCUGCAGGAGAAGGUGCUUCUGUUAUUCUGAUAUCUGCACUUGAAAGGGCUACUGAACUCCUAAGAGAUCCUCAUACUUCUGCGAACUGCAGUAUCCCGAAUAGAAAAUUUUGGCAGGCUUCUUUUGAUGUAUUUUUCAACCUUCUUACAAAGUACUGCAUCAGCAAGUAUGACACUACCGUGCAAUCUCUUCUUGCACAGGGUCUUGCAGAUACGUCUACUAUAGGUUCAGAGACAACAAAAGCUAUGAGCAGAGAAAUGCCGGUAGAACUUUUACGUGCAAGUCUACCUCAUACGAAUGAACAACAGAGGAAGGUUUUGUUGGACUUUGCACAGCGAUCGAUGCCUAUGCUUUGAUUAAAGUCAAUUUUAGAAGAAUUCGUGAAGCCUAUGUUUAUUUAUUCUUCAAAGGUCAUCAUUUAGGUGCCAUACAUUGAGAUUUCCUUCCUUUACUUGGUGUGACUAGUUUGUUGCACCACCUAAAGGAGGAAAUAUGUAGUUAUUGGCC